AUGAAGAACAAUAAGAGGAUGAAAAGGGUUUCUAUAUUUAUGGGAAGGUGGAGAGGUGCGUUUGGUACAAGUCGGAGGUGGCGCAGUUGUUUCCAAGAAAACAGGCAAAUGUUAUUAGUGAUACGAGGGAAAACAGGAUACUGGAAACCUGGUUUUCUAAGUUUCUUACUUGGGAAAACGAUUGGGAUUUUGGAAAAUCCUCUCCUCUCAGUUCUGUUGGCUCCAGCUUUUCUGGGAAUUUCUUUUACGGUUUUACCCCUUUUUGGAGCUGGCAAAUUCGCAGAUACAAUACGAAUCCAAGGGAGAAAAUACCAGAAGAAGCGAUCCGUGCAAGGUGGUCCAAAAUCUGAAACGGUACGAGAUCAACACAUGGAAACAGACCAGCAUAACGGCACUGACGAGUCGCCACAAAGUGGCGCAAAAUUGUAUGCAUCCCGAAACAAACCCACGCGCUUUUUAUCACUGGCCACAAUAAGCGAGGGUCCAAGAGGCGA